AUGGCCUCUAGUAGGGAGCCCGGACUGUUCACGGCUUUCAGGGAUUCCCUAGUGACAAAGCAGGUCGUCAGCUCGACAAUGGGAGCUGCCCCAGCCCCGAUCGCUGAACACCCGACCCCAAAUCGUUGGAGGCCUUCUUUGGUCCUUCAGGCCCAUCUAGGCCGUGGUCUUGCCUUCUUGGGAAUGGCAUCGGAUCGCAUUCUGCGAAUGACGAUGACUGCUCAGCAAAUCGGAGGCUGA